UAGUUUAAUGUGGCUGUUAUGUACAGUUCAAAAUAUGUCGAUAAACUAAAUGUACAUACGAUAGACGUUGUCAAACGCUUCGGUUGGAUGAAUUAAUUGAUGUAUUAAUUUUCCAUAGAGCAUUUUACCCUUUCUGCUCUGGGCUAACAAACUACAGAGUUAAGCUAACAUUAGCCAAGCUGUCAAGUAGGCAGUCUACACAGCUCUGCAGCACUUUCUUGCUAGCUAACUAGCUAGCAAUAGAUUUGAACGAGGACAACAAAGAAAACGUCGCAAAUACUGUGCCGUUUGUGAAUAUACUUUGUCUUAAAGUCGCAUUAUGAAGUGUAUAGCUCUAUUUUAAUAGUAAGCUACCAGUAGUUUGUCCGUUUUUAGAUUAUGUCAGUUAUAUUGAUUGUACUGUAACGUUAGCUAACUCACGUCCACUGACUCCAGCUAGACAGCCAGGUGGCUAUUUAAUCAAGGAGUAACACUGAGGAUCCGAGAUCGUGUUAUCCAAUCAAACAUGGACAAGAAAUCAUUCGACAUCGUCUUAGACGAAAUCAGGAAGUGCGUGCUAACAGAUCAGCGGAUUAAGGCGAUAGAGCAGGUGCACGGGUACUUCUCCAGCGAGCAGGUGAUGGACAUGCUGAAGUACUUCUCCUGGGCAGAGCCUCAGAUCAAAGCUGUCAAAGCUCUUCAACAUAAAAUGGUUGCCAUCCCCACUACCAAAGUGGCCAACAUCCUCAACUGUUUUACCUUCUCUAAGGACCGACUGGUGGUUCUGGAGCUCAUCGCUCUGAACAUCUCUGAUGCCCAGAACUACCGUCCCGUAGAGGACCUGUUCCGUAUUCACCUGUCUGAGAAGAAACGAGCCCGCAGGAUCCUAGAGCAGGUGUGUAAGGUGGGCUGCAAGGCUCCAGUAGCCAUGAUCUCUUCAUGUGGGAUUAUCCCAGGGAACCCUUACCCUAAAGGCAAGCCCAGCCAGACCACUGGCACCUUCCCUGGAACUCCUGCAAAGAAGGAGGGAGAGGAGACCCCUGCCAACACAGAGGGGAAAGGCAUCGCAGCCCGCAUCAUUGGACCAUUCAAACCAUCUCCGUCGUCCUACAACCCUCAGCGGCCUGUGCCCUACCCCAUUCCCCCCUGCAGACCUCACGCCACCAUCGCACCGAGUAAGACCACCUUAAUACUAAACACAGACCACCUGAAUACUAAACACAGACCACCUUAAUACUAA